AUGUCCUCACUGUGGGGCGGCUCCAAGCUCCUCCCCGCUCCCACCUUCUUGGAGGUCUCCCGGAGCCGUCGUCGGAGCUGCUCGAUCUUCUUCGCUCUUUUCAGGUCUCCACCGAGCACUGGAGCUGCGAAUUUCCGUCCCAUUGCCUCCGCCUGCAGUGGCUGGAGCGGGACUAGCGGCGGCGUUAUCCAAACCCUAUCAUCUUCUCAGCGAGAGCAGGUCGCUCUGUACGUCCGGGCUCUGCUGGAAUGGAACCAGGUUAGGAUUCUUGGCUGCGGUUUUUGAACGCUUGGUUGGUGUGUGUGUGGGUGAUGGCUGGUUCCUGUCGCAGCGCAUGAACCUGACGGCGGUCACAGACGAGAGGGAGGUCAUGACGAGGCACGUGGAGGAUUCUCUUGCCAUCAUCCCGCCCUUGCGUAGGUAUUAUCUCUCUCACAGCUGUGGCGGAGGCGGCGGUCGUGUGGAUUCUGACUUCGGCCGCCUUAACGUCGUUGAUGUCGGCAGUGGGGCCGGCCUCCCCGGACUUAUCCUCGCCAUUGCUUGCCCAAGUAAAUUCCCUUUGAAACUGUUACCCUUUCUUACAUCAUAUAUGAGCACUGAGAUUCUUCAUGGCUUCAAAAAAAUCUGUGACAGUUCUUCGAAUUCUAUCUGUCAUUCACGCUUGAUUUUUCUCUGAGCUUGAGGAUUUUAUGCAAGUGACUUAAGGCUACAGGAACAUGUGCUAGCUAUGCCUUUGAAUCUCCUCCUUCAGGAAGAUUUCCAAGAACACAGCGCCACUUCUGUUCAACUCCAAAGUUUUUCUUUUUUUAGUUCUAUUGUCCUUGUAAGAUCCCUGAUUCUUGUGUGCAUAUGCCCGAAGGUAGCAUACCAUUUUUUUCCUUUAAAUGGAUCAAUUGCAUGAAUUAUCUUACCAAAACCUUGUUCUUCUGUUUCCAUUCCCACGUUUACUUGCGGACUGCAUUCAAACCAUUAUUAAGAGAGAUUACGAGCCAGACUCUUCCCUCCCCGAUUGAUUUCUCCUUGACCAUUGUAGACCUGUAGCCUCUUAGAGCCUUACCAUGAACCGUCCACCAUCCUGUCCGACACGUCUCCUCAUAAAUUGAUGGAUCGAAAGCUCAACUUUGCAUUUAGUGGCUUUAUCGAAUGUUUGACUCUAAAUGUAUGACGAAGAAAAAUAUUAGUAUUUACAAAUUAAAGAUAUUGCUAUUAAAUUUUAUAUGUUGAAAGUGGGACAUUUCUUAUUAUGGUUUCUGUGUAAUGUGUUUAAAAUUUUUGGUUCAAAGAUUUUAAUUCGUCUGCAAGGAAGUCCCUGAUUCCAUGAUAUGGUGUUGAUUCCUUACUUUUUAUAUUAUUCCAGUCGUUAUAUCAUGCAUUUCUUUACAAUUCUAAUGCAGAUCUCCCAUAAUUUUCUAAACAUUUCAGAUUGGAAAAUUACCCUGCUAGAGUCGAUGCUCAAACGAUGCUUGUUCUUGGAGCAUGCAGUUGAUCUCACUGGUUUGUCAAAUGUGCAAGUUGUACGUGACAGAGCAGAGGUAAUAUCUUUUCCGUCUCCGUGCCUUUAGUAACUUAAGCUCCUCACAUGGCCGAUGUGCUUUAGGAUCAAAUCUUUGCUCUCUGGAGGCUUUCACAAGCUUUAGAGUUGCAACUUCAGGGUCUUGCAAGUGCUUUUUUGCCAACCUCCUGGCCAUGUAGUCCAGUAGAAGGAUAGAAGACAUCAUUUGCGAUUAUUGCUUUCUCCUAGCUGAUGAGAUGUCUUUUACUAUUCUACGAUUUUGUGAGUGUGGGGGCGGAUUUCUGCCUGGUCUUUGAACAGGGUGAAUUUGUGUUGAAAACCGGACAUACCAUCUCUUAUGUAAUUAACUCCCGCAAGUUGUGGAAUUCAGUGUGGCCAUUGAUAUUGUCCAAGGUGAUGUUGAAAAGAUUGCACGAAGAUGCUCAUCUAGCCCAGAAAUUCUCAUGAGCUUCCGUGCUUGAUUAUUUGAUCUUUUCUUCACUCUAUCUUCAGUUUCCUCUCUCACCUUUCACGUCCCACCUCUCAGAUUCUGAUGCAAGCUGGGUAUGAUAGCUCACGCUUUUUAGGAUUUACACAAGCUUAAUUCAUUAAAAAAAAUUCAAUUGUCGGUUUUCCAUCCUGAAUCUUGGUGGUGAGGUUCCCGUCCAUUCAGAAGGCCACGAGAUGGAUUGAUUCCUUCUUCAUCAAAUGGGUUCUUCUACAGUGCAAGUUGUCGGAAACUUUCCCUUGGUGAGUUGUUCUUGGAUCACUGAGGCUGAAGUCAGUGUGUCUCACCCAUGCUCUUCAUACUUCUAUUUAGACUUUUAUAUGCCCUAAUUAUUUGGCUAGCUCAUUAUUCCAUUGUUAGUAAUUGCAAACAUCAAUGGCUCAUAAACCUUUUUUCCUUUUUGAAUGGAUAUACUAUUUUGUUGCUUUCUAAAAGCUAGCCACUUGUGUGCCAAUUAAUCCAUCUAUGAACCAUUUUUUAUAGGACAGAAUGCAGGCCAGAACCUGGACUUCAGAGAAGCCUUUGACGUAGCAGUCGCUAGAGCUGUUGCAGAGAUGAGAACCUUAGGUUCUGGAUUUCUUUUGUUUGAUUUAUUUAUUUAUUAACGCUGAUGUCCUUCUUUCAAUAAUCAUAUCUGAGGUGAAAUAUAUAACGCUAUGAUAUUGCUUGCUGUUCCAGCUGAGUACUGCCUCCCUUUGGUACGUGUCGGUGGCUUAUUUGUUGCGGCCAAAGGCCAUGACCCACAGGUAAUUUCCUUUGGAAGCUCAUCAAUUGGUAGAUAUACAGCAUUUUGGUCCGUAUUUUCUGGGCCUGAAGGGGAGAAAAGCUGGACGGUGUUGACAGUUUUUUUGUUUGAAACAAUGUCGUAUAAAAAGAUUUUAAAUGAAUAAUUUGGGCUACGCAUUAGAAAUAUCUUGUUAUGUAGAUUCAAUGUUGAAAUGGGCUGAGUGGGUAUCAUGAAAAAGAAUCCAUGGGUCUUCAUCUUCAAUCGGUGUGAAUCAAAUUUCUUCAUUCCUCUCUCUCUCUGUCUCUCUGUCUCUGUCUCUGUCUCUCUCUCUCUCUCUCUCUCUCUCUCUCUCUCUCUCUUGGCUAUGUAUGUACAUAUACAUGUGUUCACUUCGGCAGCAUUUUCUACAGGAAGAAGUAGAAAGUGCCAAGAACGCAGUGAGAUUACUGGGAGCUUCUGUUAUAGACUUGUGCUCAGGUAUGCCAUCCUCACAUCAUUUAUGAUGUCAUUUCACUUCAAUCGUAGUAGUUUCACGUGGAAUAUGUGACGUAAUGUUCUGAAGAACAUAUCAUUGAUCACCUCUCUCCCCCUGGCUCAUAUAGUUUGAUCUUUCCCUUCUAUAUUUGUUCCAUCUCAUGUGUUUCUAUUAUUUAGGCAUCUUCUCACUCCCACCUCAAGUACCCCGACACCAACCAAACUAACCAGAAUCUGUGUGCUCCGCAUCUCCUAGUGGAGUCUCAGGGACCCCAUGGCAGGCGGACAGCCGUUAUCUGCCACAAAGACCGCGCCACGCCAGCAAAGUAUCCCCGUCAACCUGGGGUUCCAGCGAAGACGCCUCUAUGA